CUUUCAUCUUUUCAAACUAUAUAACGCCAACGUUCCCGUCCCUGGGCGCAUAGAUAUGAUCCCAUUUUUUGUCUAAGAGAUCCUCAAAACUUAAUUUUUAUCACCAGGAGCCAUGGAAGGAGCAGAGAGAGGCUCAGAGAUUCAGAUCCCACAGACAAGGAGACUACCUGAUUUCUCACAGAGUGUGAAACUGAAAUAUGUGAAGUUGGGUUACCAUUAUCUGAUGACCCAUCUCUUCACCCUUUGUCUCGUCCCUCUCAUGGCAGUGUUGUUGGUAGAAGCUUCUCGGUUGAGCCCGGAAGAUAUUCGUCAGCUGUGGCUGCAGCUUCAGUGCAACCUGGUAAGCAUCAUGGCCUGCUCGGUCUUCUUGGUUUUCGGCGCAACCGUAUACUUCAUGUCACGCCCGCGACCCGUCUACCUCGUCGACUUCGCCUGCUACCGGCCGGCAUCGGAACUUGAAGUUCCGUUCAACAAGUUCAUGGAGCAUUCGAGACUGAAGGGUGACUUUGACGACUCAUCACUGGAGUUCCAGCGAAAGAUACUGGAGCGAUCUGGGCUCGGGGAAGAGACUUACUUCCCUAAAGCCAUGCACUAUAUCCCUCCGUGUCCAUCCAUGGCGGCGGCUCGUGAAGAGGCCGAGGAGGUUAUGUUUGGGGCUCUGGAUAUUCUCUUCAAGAACACCAAUUUUAACCCUAAGAACAUCGGGAUCCUUGUCGUGAACUGCAGCCUCUUUAACCCGACUCCGUCACUCUCUGCUAUGAUCGUAAAUAAGUACAACUUGAGGGGUAAUAUCAAGAGCUUCAAUCUCGGGGGUAUGGGUUGUAGUGCCGGAGUGAUCGCCCUUGACCUCGCCAAGGACAUGCUCCAGGUGCACAGGAAAACUUACGCCGUCGUCGUCAGCACCGAGAACAUCACCCAGAACUGGUACUUCGGAAACAAGAAGUCGAUGCUGAUCCCCAACUGCCUCUUUCGUGUGGGCGGCUCCGCCGUUUUGUUAUCCAACAAGUCUGGUGACCGGCGGCGGGCGAAGUACAAGCUGCUCCACGUGGUGAGGACCCACCGUGGUGCCGACGACACUGCGUUCCGCUGCGUAUAUCAAGAACAGGACGACACAGGGAAGACCGGAGUGUCGCUGUCAAAGGAUCUGAUGGCCAUCGCUGGAGGAGCACUCAAGGCCAACAUCACAACUCUGGGACCACUGGUCCUUCCCAUAAGUGAGCAGCUCCUCUUCUUCUUUAAUUUGAUUUCGAAGAAUCUUUUCGAUGAGAAGGUGAAGAAGCCGUACAUACCGGACUUCAAGUUAGCGUUCAACCACUUCUGCAUUCACGCUGGAGGGAGAGGAGUGAUCGACGAGCUGGAGAAGAACCUGAAGCUGUUGCCGGAAAACGUGGAGGCAUCGAGGAUGACGUUGCACAGAUUUGGUAACACGUCAUCGAGCUCCAUAUGGUACGAGUUAGCUUACACGGAGGCCAAGGGGAGGAUGAGAAAAGGCAAUCGUGUCUGGCAGAUUGCGUUUGGGAGCGGGUUCAAGUGUAACAGUGCGGUCUGGGAAGCACUUAGGUAUGUGAAGCCUUCUCCAAACAAUGCCUGGGAUGAUUGUAUCCACAAAUAUCCCGUCCAUAUACUGGAUUAGGCCCACUCAAGAACCAAACACUCUCUUACCAAAAAAAGGAAAAAAAGAAAGUAAAAUAAUAAUAAUAAUAAUAACUUAUUAAAGUGUUUGUGUGUGACCAAACAUUGUUGCACAGAAUUUAUAAACAUCUUUUUAUGCCCAUACGUGGACCAAAUAAGGCAAAGGAGCUCUUAUGUAAUCUAGUGUGUUUGUAAGGCAAAAGAAUUUUAAAUUACGAUGUGUACUAUCUCUAUUUUUCUCUUAAAAUAUGUAUAAAAGAAAAUUGAUUUUCAUUAAAGAUGAAUAAGGAAAAAUUCCUUAUGAUCAUCAUUAUUCA